GCUAAUUUUCCUCACUGUACUAACCAAAACUCCCAAGUUUCUCCCCUCUCACACUAAACCCUAAACAUUAAACCCUACGAAACAAACAAACUUUUAGAUGCCAUUUAUCGGAAUGAAUUUGUAAACCGAGUUUUACUGAAACAAGCAUGUUCAUUGCUUCAAGAUGCUAUAAGCACAUCUUGCAAUUCAAACACAAGAUAAAUUUAUCGGCCGCCAUUGAUUCUAACUCCGCUUCAAUCCUCCGCACAUUUGGAGAUGUCGGACGACUUCGAUAUAAAAGGAAUUGUAUAACAUACAUCCCAGUUGGGUUCCCUUUGAUUUCGCCAUUCUUUGCAAGUGUAAGUAAAUUUAUUGGCAAUUAUAAGUCACUUGUGACUCGGGCCGCUGCAGAUGAAGAUGAGGUAACAGAGGAAGCCUUGAAUCAAAUUCUUGCCACUGUAGAAAAUGAUCCAAAGUCUGCAAAGGAUAUUUGUGCUGUAAACAUUGAUAAGCUGUGCAGAGCUGGAAAUACUUAUGUUGCUUUUAGAUUACUGCAAUCCUUGCGAGACAAACAAAUCUUCCUUCCUGAUGGGUAUGAACGUCUACUGGUGGCAGCGGCUGAGAAAAAUGAUAUUGAAAUCUCGACUCAGGUUUUCAUGGAUUUAUUAAGGUCCUGUAGAUCCUUGAGUUUAGCUUGUUAUCUUAAUUUUGCUAGGGCUUUUGCAAAGACAGAUGAUUCUGUCCAGCUAGUGAGCUUUGUUGAAGAAGUAUCAGAGCUGGCCUUUCCAGAAAGUAUGAUAGUAAUGAACAGAAUCAUCUAUGCCUUUGCUGAAUGUAGACAGAUAGAAAAGGCACUUUUGAUAUUUGAUCAGAUUAAAAGUUUGAAAUGUAAGCCAGAUUUGAUAACAUAUAAUAUAGUUUUGGAUAUCUUGGGUCGCGUUGGCCGUGUGAAUGAAAUGCUUCGUGAGUUUGCUUCAAUUAAGGAAGCUGGCAUUCUUCCAGAUUUUAUUUCUUACAAUACAUUGUUGAAAAAUUUGAGAAAGGUUGGGAGAUUGGAUUUAUGCUUAGUCUAUUUCAGGGAGAUGGGUGAGAGUGGUAUUAGACCAGAUUUGCUUACUUAUACUGCAUUGAUUGACAGCUUUGGUCGAUCGGGUAAUAUUGAGGAGUCAUUGAGACUGUUCAACGAUAUGAAGCAGAGGCAGAUCCGCCCAUCGGUUUAUAUAUACCGAUCCCUAAUCGAUAGUUCGAAGAAGAUGGGGAAGGUUGAUUUGGCGAUGACUCUUUUAGAGGAGAUGAAUUCAUCUCUAUCAGUUCUGGCAGGUCCAAAGGAUUUCAAACGAAAAGCCAGGUAAUUAAGCUAUGAAAAAUUCCUGGUAUUAUCUUCCAAGGGACUCCGAGUUCAGAAGUUAGCUCCAGCUAUUGUAUUGGUACCAUGAAAAAUGUAUGAUGGGCAUGUGAAUGGCUGAUCUAUAUAUUUCAUUGUGGCUUGUGUAAACCAUCAGGUGCUAGUUAGAAGUUCUUUUUCAAUUGUUGGCACUCUUCAAAUUCCCACAGCAUGUGGACUAGUUUAGUGCCAUCAUUGAAGCUUGAACAGUGGUAUGCUUGUGCAGCCAAUUGAUAACCAAUGAUAAAAUUCUUUCUCAGGCCUGCAAUAGUGUAAUCAGACUUUCUUACUGGUUCUGUUUUGAUGUUGGGAACUUGCAAGCAACUACUUAAGUCGAGGCAGCCUAACCAUCUGAUGAUCAUGCUUUUGAAAGUAUGGGAAUUGCAGAACCAUCUGAUGCUGAACGCCAACUUCAUGUAUGCAUAAUUAAAACUGCAAAUUCCUGUCAAUAUAAUGGCUCUUUUUCUCCACUUAUUCAAGAUUAUAGCUGAUUUCUAUAGUUAGACUAACCUAAUUAAGGGCGUUUGUCUGACCUUUUUACUGUUCCACACCUCCUUCGGUAUGUCAGUGGAUGUUUAUGUGGCACAUGCCGUGGCAGUUUCCAUGUGAAUGAGGUUGGAGUGCAGUCUGGAGUCUUGAAUUCAGCAGCUCCAGGAAAAGGGGCAGGUAAACUGAUGUGAUCGACAUGUCAUAUUUUUAGAUCAUGUUAAUUUCCUUCUCUCUAGUCAUAUUAUGGACUGAGCUUUACAUGCCAAUUUGAUGCACAAGAUUACAAAAAUUCCUGUGGCAAGACUAGUGAAUUUUUGUUUAAUCUGACUUUUGGCUGUAUAAAAGCAGAGAAUUGUGACAUUGAAAAUUCAUCUAAACUGAACACGCAAUUAGGAAGUGAACAGGCAGAGGUAAUGG